CCUGUCCCCAGGCGCCUCUGCAUCCUCAAGGGGAUUUACCCCCAUGAGCCCAAGCACAAGAAGAAGGUGAACAAGGGCUCCACUGCCCCCAGGACCUUCUACCUGCUCAAGGACAUCAAGUUCCUGCUGCAUGAGCCCAUUGUCAACAAAUUCCGGGAAUAUAAGGUGUUUGUGCGGAAGCUCCGGAAGGCCUAUGGGAAGAGCGAGUGGAGCACUGUAGAUCGGCUGAAGGAGAACAAACCCACCUACAAACUCGACCACAUCGUCAAGGAGAGGUACCCAACCUUCAUAGACGCUCUGAGGGACCUGGAUGAUGCCCUGUCCAUGUGCUUCCUGUUCUCCACCUUCCCAAGGACAGGGAAGUGCCAUGUCCAGACCAUCCAGCUGUGCCGGCGCCUGGCUGUGGAGUUCCAGAACUACGUCAUCGCCUCCCGCUCCCUGCGCAAGGUCUUCCUCUCCAUCAAGGGUAUCUACUAUCAGGCAGAGGUGCUGGGGCAGUGUGUCACCUGGAUCACUCCCUAUGUCUUCGCCCACGACCACCCCACAGACGUGGACUACCGGGUCAUGGCCACCUUCACCGAGUUCUACACCACUCUGCUGGGCUUCGUCAACUUCCGCCUCUACCACUCCCUCAACCUGCUCUACCCCCCAAAGAUCGACAGCCAGGCUGACACUGAGCUGAAGCCUGCGGAGGGCAAGGAGUAUGCCAUGGAUUCAGAGAGCUACCUGGAGAAACUGUCAGCUCUGAGCGCCAGCCUGGCCCGAGUGGUUGCACCAACCCAUGAGGAUGAGGUGGAGGUGGAUGAGUUCCCAGUGGAGGGGGAGACAGCAGAGCAGAUGGAUGCCAAGAAGAAGGAGGAGGAGGCCCUGGAAAAGCACAAGAAGCUGUUUGAGGGACUGAGAUUCUUCCUCAACCGGGAGGUGCCGCGGGAGCCGCUGGCCUUCGUCAUCCGGUGCUUUGGUGGCCAGGUCUCAUGGGACAAGUCCCUGUGCAUCGGUGCCACCUACGACGUGACCGACCCUUCCAUCACCCACCACAUCAUCGACCGGCCCCGGGUGGAGAACCAGGUGGUUGGCAGGUACUACCUGCAGCCCCAGUGGGUGUUUGACUCGGUCAAUGCCAAGCUGUGCCUGCCCGUGGCUGACUACUUCCCUGGUGUCCUGCUGCCCCCACACCUGUCGCCCUUCGUGACAGAGCAGGAGGGUGACUAUGUCCCUCCUGAGAAGCUGAAGCUGUUGGCUAUGCAGAGGGGAGAGAACCCAGAUGAGGAGAGUGAGGAGGAGGAGGAGGAUGAAGAAGGGGAUGAAGAGGAUGAUGACAAUGACAAAGAAGAGGAGGAAGAAGAUGAGUCCGAAAAGGAAGAGGAGAUGAAAUUAAAGAAGAUGGAAGAGCAGAAGACUCUGAGCAACAAGGCACUCCCCGUGAAGGUGACACCCGGGAAGGUGCGUGUGGAGGACAAGCAGCGCCUGGAGCAGGAGCAGCAGAGCGAGGAGAAGCGUUUGGCCAUCAUGAUGAUGAAGAAGAGGGAGAAAUACCUCUACAAGAAGAUCAUGUUCGGGAAGAAGCGCAAAAUCCGAGAGGCCAACAAACUGGCAGCCAAGAGGAAAGCCCACGAUACAGCUGUUAAAGAGGAGAAGAAGAAGAGCAAGAAGGCUCGGCGACAAUGA